AAGAAUGGGUGUGGAUAUCCGCCACAACAAGGAUCGUAAGGUCCGCAGGACCGAGCCUAAGUCCCAAGAUAUCUAUCUGAGGCUUUUGGUCAAGCUCUACAGGUUCCUGGCCCGUAGGACUGAUGCCAAGUUCAACAAGAUCAUCCUCAAGAGGCUUUUUAUGUCCUGUAACAACAGGCCCCCCAUGUCUAUUGCCAGGAUUACCCGUAACUUGAAGCAGGCUGGUAACGCUGACAAGAUCGUUGUUGUUGUCGGAACCGUUACCAACGACCUCAGGGUGUUCGAUGUUCCUAAGAUGACCCUAUGCGCUCUGCGUGUGACCGAGAAGGCACGUGACAGGAUUCUGAAGGCUGGCGGUGAGAUCAUCACCUUCGAUCAGUUGGCUCUCAGGGCUCCUACUGGCAAGAACACUCUGCUAGUCCAAGGACCUAGAACUCAGACCGAGUCAAACAGGAAGUUCGGAGCUCCCGGAGUUCCCGGCGCUAACGUCAAGCCUCUUGUCCGUUCCAAGGGUCGCAAGUUCGAGAGUGCCAGAGGACGCAGGAAGAGCAGAGGAUACAAGAAGUAAACUGGAGAGAAGAACAGUGCCUCGAGCCUGCUUUAAUUCUGAUCUUGAUUUCAGA